GCUCAUCACCAUAACCACACCACAGAGAAAGCUUUCUGUAAUCGCAAACUCUAUAUUCCCUUAAAUGGCCUGACUAUUACAUUUUGACUCAACUCUUGUUUAUAUAAUCAAUAUCUACGAGAUCAAGCACCUUCGUGAUUUGCGUGCGUUAAUACGGUGGAAUUUUUUAAAUGGGUUUCAAUUAAGAGUGUCACAUUUUUGGAUUAAGUCGAGUUUUUCUCAUCAUCUUUCGUCAAAGUUUCGAAAUUUACGAAAAAAUUACUGAAAAGGAGAGAGUUGUUUCCUCCUUGUUUUUUUUUGGGGGGGUCUAAUAAGUUAUUCUGUUUUCUGGGAAUCUGAUUCAAUGGCUGCGAUCACUGAAAUGCCCACUGAUGUUAUCGACGAUGCUCAUGAGAUUAGUAUCAAUAGCGAUGGCGAAAAGAUCACUGGUGACGGAAUUGAGAAGAGCUCGAUCACGGGUUCUAAAACUGAAUCCGAGCUCAAACCCGAAUCCGAGUUAGAUAUGCAGAAGCUUGUGGCGAUUUUCAAGAAACUGAAUCCUUUGGCUAAGGAGUUUUUCCCUUCUUACUACAAUCCGAAGAAGAACAUUCAGACUGGGAAAGGUAAUCAAUUUCUGUCGUCUGACGAUUUUCCGACCACGAAGAAGCAAUCCGGUGAAGAAUUUGAUCCUGAUGGCAAGAAGGAUGACAAUAACCGCAAGAGAAGAAACAGUUAUAGCCAAGGGAGGAGGAGGUUAACUGGAAGAAUUUCUAAGGCUCAGAGAGAGGAUAGUAUUAGAAGAACAGUAUAUGUUUCUGACAUUGACCAGAGUGUAACUGAGGAAGGUCUCGCUUGCUUGUUUAGUAACUGUGGACAAGUUGUUGAUUGUCGAAUUUGUGGGGAUCCACAUUCAGUUCUUCGAUUUGCGUUUGUUGAGUUUGCUGAGGACCAGGGCGCAAGAGAAGCUUUAAGCCUUGGUGGAACAAUGGUUGGAUACUACCCAGUGAGGGUUUUACCCUCCAAAACUGCUAUUCUUCCAGUGAAUCCCACAUUUCUUCCCAGGUCAGAAUAUGAAAGGGAGAUGUGUACAAGGACAAUCUAUUGCACAAAUAUCGACAAGAAGGUUUCUCAAGCUGAUGUGAGAAACUUCUUUGAGUCGGCAUGUGGUGAGGUAACUCGCCUGAGGCUUCUUGGCGAUCAACUGCAUUCUACUCGCAUAGCUUUUGUUGAAUUUGCUCUGGCAGAUAGUGCACUUAGGGCGCUCAAUUGCAGCGGGAUGGUCGUUGGAUCCCAACCGAUACGGGUAAGUCCAUCAAAGACACCAGUAAGGCCACGAAUCACUCGACCACCAUCGACAAACUAGAAAAGAGACCUGACUAAGCUUGUCUGUCUAGAAGAGAGAUGAUUGCAAACAUUUCAUUUCCUGCAGUAGAUUUUUUUUCUUUCUUUUCUUUUUUGGAGUUUUCUUUAUCUUCAAAGUUUUAGAACAAUUAUCUCCACUUAUGUUAGUAGCUGGAAACACCAUGAUCCUGCUUCUGAAUUUUGGAGGUCUUGUUAGGUUCUGUCUUUUCGACUGAGAUACUUCCAACUGUUUCAUCAUCUUUCUGUAAGGGAUUUU